UUUACAAUGUUGAAGCCAACCACUUGUAAAGAAGCCAUUCUAAGAUGGCAGGAAAAAUAUGAAAAACCAGCAAAUGCAGAAAAAAACAUAUCUUUAAGUUUUCAAUGGCCACCAAUUGAAAAAAUGGAUAACGGAUUGUCGCAACUUAUUAAUGUCGAAAAAUUAUCACUGUCAACAAAUAUGAUUGUAAAGAUAGCUGGAAUUCAUUCAUUAAAGAAUUUAAGAAUUUUGUCACUCAGUCGUAAUAAUAUAAAAAACUUAUCUGGCUUAGAAGCCAUUGGUGAUCAUUUAGAACAAUUAUGGAUUUCUUACAAUUUGAUCGAGAAGUUAAAAGGUGCAAAUGUUCUAAAAGCUCUAAAAGUACUAUAUAUGGGAAAUAAUUUAGUUAAAGAUUGGGCAGAAUUUAAUCGAUUACAAGAAUUACCUAAUCUCCAAGAUUUACUAUUUAUUAAUAAUCCUCUUUGUGAAAAUAUGGAUCCAGAUGCUUGGCGUGCACAAGUCAUAAAAAAGCUACCCCAUUUAAUAAAAUUAGAUUCUAUUCCCAUUGUGUAUAAGAAUUGUAGAAGAUGA